AUGACGUUCAUGCUCACUUUCGACUACGAAAAGGAUGGCCUCUAUGACACAUGCUACCCCGUAGUUUGGAAGGAAACUAUGAUCACGAUCGUCGCUCAUUUAACAUAUGGACUCGCUUCGUCCAAAGCACAAGCUGCGGAUGGGAACCUCAUUAGUGCUUCAACUUACGUGAAGCUGCAGACCCCUGAGAUGGGAACCGGUGGUUUCCUGCAGGUCGUGAACAAGACCGCACAUCUGUGCGUGGUCCAACUGCCAGGCUUUUUGGACCCGGUAGACGAAUUCGCGCUUGUUGCAGCACUCUUCCUCGGUAAACAAAGGAGAUGUGGCAGCAAGAAAGUCAAGACUGAGUGGAAACCAAUCCUUAGCAUCUACAUCACCUCGGACUGUCAAGAGAAUGAGAUUUUGCUCGGUGCCACCGACAUCCUUGUGAUCUGGAUUCAAGACAAGAUUUAUACGCCAUUGCACAGAACGACCUAG